GCCUUCACCUAUAUUCUGGCUUAUGGAGCAAUUGCAAGUCGUAGACAACAUGUUCGUUGUCUGAUUGAAGUGUCUUUCGUUCGACUUUUCUUAUAAUUUAUGAUGCUCACAAGGACUGUGCGCCGUUCACUCUCAACGCCUAUUGUUAUCACGUUGAUGGAUUCUUCUACUACUGAUGCUCAUAAAUCAUCGCAUUGAUAUCCUUAACACAUAUGAUCAUCUGUGUCUACAGCACUCUGGUAUCGCUGCGGAAUCCUCUGUCUUGAGUCUUCCUUCAUAUGAGCCAAUGAGUGAAUGAGACAUAGUUCAACCUGUGACGCAAUUACCACUUACUCGCAGCAGUAUGGCUACUGUCUCGCUAAUAAUUGUUGCAGAUGAAUGCAGUUACAGAGUGGAUAACGUCUUUCCUGCUUUACCGGGCUUGGUUUCGAUAACGCAAUAUUGUAAAGGAUGACUAAAAUGAAAUCCGUCCGACUUAAGUUAUUGGCAUAUCGAAGCACGAUCACUCUAAUGCUGGUGAGGUAUAUAAAGGCAUCUGUGUAUGCGUUUUGUGUUCCUCAAUUUUUAAGGUUUGCACAUUAAUUGUGUUGCAUUGUAUUGUAAUACUUAAGGUUGUCACAGAACUCGUCACUUUUUGAAACGCGAGAUUCCAUCAUUCUGUCACUGUUACUACCGUUGUACUACUAUUAUUCAAUUUGUGGAAGGUUCAACUACUUCCUCUGGUAAACACUAAAUAGGAUUUUCAGUUAUUCUGUUCUAUAGAAACAACAAGAGUUUGUUACUGAACAGAAUUAUGGUGUCUCCAAUCGUUCGCAGUGUUGCCAUUAUAGGCGCUGGUCCUUCAGGAUUGGUGACCGCUCGUGCCUUGUUGGCGGAGAAUACAUUCAACAGGAUUGUCGUAUACGAACGCAGAGAUGCACCGGGUGGAGUAUGGAAUUACUCUACAGAAACGCCGACGAAUUUUCCAUAUCCAAACAGCAAUCCCAACUUGGAUGUAAAGCCAAUCACGCACGAAGGACGUUCUCCAUUGUACCCAAGUGCUCUGUAUCGCGAUCUGCAUACGAAUACUCCCAUUGAGCUCAUGACUUUUUCCAUCCAAAACUUUCCUGAAAAUACGGAACAGUUUCCUCAUCGUAAGGAUGUACUAGAAUAUCAGCGGCGGUUUGCUGAGCCAAUUCGAACUCUCAUCAAAACAUCAACCGAAGUUCGCCGCAUUCACAAGCAAGGUGGACAAUGGCUUGUUCACUCUAGAAAUGUGUCGCCGAACGAAACAAACGCCGAAACGGUUGAGCAGUUUGACGCAGUGGCCAUUUGCAAUGGUCAUUAUCAAGUGCCUUUCUUACCGGAUGUAGAAGGUUUGAAAGAAUUCGUGGAGGAAAAUCCAGGUGUCGUCAAGCAUUCCAUUGAAUUCCGUGAACCAGAGCUGUACAGAAACAAAAAGGUAGUUGUUGUUGGAAAUGCAUCUUCUGCAAACGACAUCAUUCGCCAUUUAUCGCCCUACUCCAAACUUCCCAUCAUUCAAAGUGUCUUGGAGGAUCCGCAAACUAAACAUCCUGAGCGACUAGUCCAAGUGCCUCGAAUUGAGCGUUUUGAUGCAUCCACGAAACAAAUACAUUUAAGUGACGGUCGAGUUUUGCGCGACGUGGACUAUGUAUUCUAUUGUACGGGUUAUUUAUAUUCGCUUCCCUUUUUUGAUGAACAGGAUGUCCCGUCAGAAAAUCGUCUAAUCACAAAUGGCGCAUAUGUUCAUAACGUUUAUCAACAUAUUUUCUACAUCCCCGAUCCCACCCUUGUGUUCAUAGGUCUGGCCCUGCAUGUUGUGCCUUUUCCAGUCGCACAAGCUCAAGCGGCUUGGGUUGCUCGAGUUUGGUCCGGCCGAUUAAGACUUCCUUCUAGAGAACAACAAUUGCAGUGGUACAGCGAACAUUUGUCGUCUUUAAAUGGGCGAAACAACAUGUUUCAUUCGCUUGAAUUUCCGAAAGAUGCCGCUUACAUUAAUCACAUUCACGACCUCGUGUCCAAAGCGUCACCUAAUCCUGAGACAGGGCUUCCUGCACCACAUUGGGAUGAGAAGUCACUGAAGAUGCGGGAGAACAUGUGGAAGAUUCGUGCAAAAUUCUUCGGUAUUGAGGAUUAAGUCCGGCUUGUUUGAAAUAACAGUACCAUUCGUUCUCUUUUAGUUAGGUUUUCAGGAAGAAUUACCCGCCUUGCUUCUUCCCCUGUAAUAAUAAACAUGAAUAUAUGGAAGAUUCCUUGUUUUUUUAGCAACAAUUUAAUUCGGCCACCUUCUCAUCUUCCUCCCUCGCCCUAUAAAGGAAUCAUAACAAUUUGUAUUGCUACGAUAUGGAAUGAAAACAUUCAGAAUAUACAUGACGGUUACUACAGCAUAUAAGCAAUGAGUUGAGAGUGCA